AUGGGCUCAAUGGACGGCAUCCCCUCCAUCGACGAGGUCCUCGUCCAAAACACCGUGGGCCCCUCCAUCGCCAGCGGCCACCCCACCAAGGCCACCGCAUCCCCCACCUACCAAACCGUCGAAACGAUCCACGUGCCCGCCCUGCCAUCGCCGCCCGUCACCGUCACCGCCGCCGCGCCGCCGGUCCCGCCGCGCUCCUGGGCCAGGCACAGCCGCUACUACUCCUCGACGGACUCGGUCAACGUCACCACCACGACCACGACCACGGCCGCCCCCACGGGCUACACGCACCAGCCCUCGGCCAUGGCCAACCCCGUCGACGACGACACGGUGCCCCGCACGCGCAGCCGCCCGCGCUCGCGCUCCCUCUUCUCCUUCCGCUCGCGCUCCUCGUCCACGUCGAGCGGCAGCCGCACCAGCCUCGACUACGGCGACGACUCGUUCGACGACGACGCCCGCGUGGCGGCCGCGCGCAAGGGCGGCGCCGGCGCCGGCGGCAGCCUCAAGAUGAGGCAGAAGAAGCAGAACGACGCCAAGGGCAGGGGCGGGGGCGCCCGCGCCCGCACCAACAGCGUGCACGCCGCCGCCGUGCUGCCCGCCGUGCUGGUGCUGAGCGCCGAGUGCUUCACGCCCGGGCCGCGCGAGGGCGCUGCCGAGCAGGUCAAGUGA